AUGGGCGGUGGAAACGAUCCAACCCGCCGUGGAUGGGGCGACGAUGUACGUGCGAUGCUGGAAGGCCAGGGGAAGCAAGCCGGCCAGGCAAGUACGUCGCAUUCGGCGAUGGAGAGUACCUUUGCUGGGCCUAGCCGUACGUCUUCGUCGGCGGCCGCGUUCCGAUCGCACGCCGCCACUUCGUCGCAGGGCGACGUGGAGUUUGCUCAGUUUCACCAAGGCACUCACCCGUCCAAUGCCAACCCAGCAUUUAUGGAGCAGGCUUGGCAGCAAAGUGUGCCGUCGGCAUCCACAGCGCCAAGCGCCUCAGCGACACAGGACUACGCAGCUGCACAGCGCGAUGGUGAUGCGUUUAUGGCAGCGUUAAUGGCUGAAGAAGCGACAGGAAGACCGAACGACGAUGUAGUCACAGUCACACCAGCCUCCGUCGCGCCUGUGGUGGGCUUGGUCGAAGAGUGGCGUCCUCCCUCGCCUUCGCAGGGCGAUCAAAUGACGCGGGAGCAGUACCUCUUGCAUGUACACUUGGCGGAAGUCCAGACGGGCGUGAGCCAUGAGCAGCCGUACCGGCAGGCGGAAGGCGUCGAGCCGCCUCCUGAUGAUGCACGCUUAGCCGAGGGCGUGUAUGCGCCUACCGCCGAGCAAGCGCUCGAGACAGUGUUGGAUACCCAAGGCACACGCGAAGCGCGCGUGCAGGAAUUUCGUACUACGACAGAGGGCAGUGUGCCUACCUCGGCGUAUACCCAGAUUCGUGGGCAGGCCAUAGUGGAUCGGUUGCGUGGCUGGCUGGUUCGUGAAGGGUUCACUGAUGAAGUCUACGGCUUGCCGCCACUGGUCGCCAAGACGUUUGGCGAGGCUACGGCGUCCUCCGAGGAUCAGCAGACGGAAGAGCGACGUGCCACGGCGAUUCGUCGUCUGGAUGCGCUGUACAAGCACUUGUCUCUCUCGCCUGCUGGCAGCCGUAGCGGCGCUGCGGAAAUGGAGGCGUGGCUCCAAUCGAACGGUUCAUAG